CGCGCGUCCUGACCGAUACCCACAUGCCCUCGCUUUGAUAGACUAAGAGCCGGUCCCCUUCCCUCGCUGUGCCUAUUUCGCUUUGCGCGUGCUUAUAGACUUUUGUUUACCCUUCGCCCAAGAAUCUCCGUUUUCAUGCCGGUGCUUCUUUAACCGGGUGACCGAAGACACCCUUUUUUUUGUUCAUUCGUGCAGGCACCUAUAAUACAUUGUCAUUACUUGCCAUUACUGUUAACCACAGCCAUCUUCAGCAGGCUCUGAAUAGCAGGGACAUCUAAUUUGGCACUUUCGCCCUUCACGCACCCAAUCUUUAUUCACCAUGUCCUAUACCACCUCCCUCACAGGCCGAGAGCGAUCAAGAUGGCCGCCUCUUACACGAAUGCUCAUGUCCGGUGAGAUGUCGGAAGAGAAGGGCCGUCAGUUGACUCGCAAAGAGAAAUUCGACGUGUGGAUGGUCAACGAAGGGUAUCGACGACUGUUCGUCUUCACGUUCGCGGUAUUGCACGUCAUGGUCUUCGUUUUCGGUAUGAUGAACUACGGCUUGAAGGACAACUCGAUCGGCACACGAGCGAAGUUCGGCGUGACGUUUCCUAUAGCCCGUUCAGCAGCUUUGACACUGCACGUUGAUGUAGCCUUCAUUUUGUUCCCCGUAUGCAGGAACCUCAUCUCGAUGGCCCGUCGCACGCCACUGAACGACAUCAUUCCCUUCGACAAGAACAUCACCUUUCACAAGCUGGUCGCCUGGGCUAUCGUCUUCUUCUCCUGGGUCCACACUAUUGCGCAUUGGAACAACCUCGCUCGAUUUGCCGCAUUCAACGAACUCGGAUUCAUGGGUUUCAUCCUCGCCAACCUCGCUACAGGCCCGGGUUGGAGUGGAUACGUCAUGCUAUUCGCUCUGAUGUCCAUUGCCAUCACAGCUGCUGAGAAGCCUCGUCGCGCCAACUUCGAGCGCUUCUGGUACACCCACCACAUGUUCAUCGUCUUCUUUGUGUUCUGGUCCAUCCACGGUGCCUUCUGUAUGAUCCAGCCCGACUUUGCGCCCUUCUGCGACGGCAUUGGUGUCUUCUGGGAGUACUGGAUGUAUGGUGGAUUUGCCUACCUUGCUGAGCGUAUUGCACGUGAAGUGCGCGGACGUCACAAGACCUACGUAUCUAAGGUUAUCCACCACCCUAGCAAUGUCUGCGAAAUUCAGAUCAAGAAGGAACAUACGACAACACGCGCUGGUCAAUACAUCUUCCUCUGCUGCCCCGAGGUUUCGAUCUGGCAGUAUCACCCCUUCACACUUACCUCCGCUCCUGAGGAGGACUACAUCUCUGUUCACGUUCGUAUGGUCGGUGACUUCACCCGCAAGCUCGGACAAGCGCUUGGAUGCAAUCUCGACAAGAAGGCUGGAGGCGAGAAGGACCAGGGCUCCGAGGAGGUUGCCAUGCGCCAGAUCCUACCUCGUGUCUACAUCGACGGUCCUUUCGGCUCUGCAUCUGAGGAUGUUUUUAAGUUUGAAGUCGCUGUGCUUGUCGGUGCCGGUAUCGGUGUCACUCCCUUCGCCUCCAUCCUCAAGAGCAUCUGGUACCGCAUGAACUAUCCUCAGAGCCGUACAAGACUAAGGAAGGUGUACUUCUUCUGGAUUUGCCGUGACUUCGGGUCCUUCGAAUGGUUCCGCUCUCUGCUACUCGCUAUCGAAGCCCAGGAUUUGGAGGAUCACAUUGAGAUCCACACCUACCUAACUGCUAAGAUCAAGGCCGAUGACGCAACAAACAUCAUGAUCAACGACGCCAAUGCCGAACAAGACGCCAUCACUGGUCUGCGCGCACCAACAAAUUUCGGUCGUCCCAACUGGGACAUGAUCUUCAAGUCUAUUCGCAAGAUCCACUCGCCCGCUGAGGCAGGUGUGUUCUUCUGUGGUCCUAAGGGCUUGGGAAGCACACUGCACGUCAAGUGCAAUAAAUGGAGUGAGCCUGGAUUCAGUUUUGUGUGGGGCAAGGAGAACUUCUAGACGCAUUCUGGGGGGUACGUACUGCUGGCGCAGAAGUACACAGCACGUUAUUGACUGGAUGAUAUCACGCGUAUCGCAAACUAUUACUAUUGUACUCAAUUGGCGGUGGAUCUGUUUUGCUUUCACCGGGUGCACGCUCGCACUGUGUGCAGCUUCGGCACCCGGCACUUUACGAUACCAUAGACCGGUAACAAGAAGAUGAGUUUGAAAUCAAGUGUGUUUGCAAAGUGAGGCCACACGUCUAUCAGGC